AUGGCUCCCGGGAUUAUUGGAAAGGGUGAUGCUUCCUCCUUCUUUGCCCAGUCGAAACAAGGGACACCACCAAACCUGUACGUCGGCCUGGACGAGGAUGAGCUCCGUGCCAAGUCUGACCGUCGCCUCCUCUACUACGGCUCACCGUUCCACCGGGACAUCAUCUCGGGAUCGCGUGGCCUGUACAUUUACACAGCCUCAGGACAUCGAAUCCUCGACUGGACAUCGGGCCAAAUGUCAUGCCUCCUCGGCCACGGGCACCAUGAAAUUGUCCAAGUGAUCCACGAUCAUGCCCUCCAGCUUGACCAUCUGUUCUCGGGUAUGAUCUCGCCGCCGGUCAUCUCGCUCGGCGAGCGUCUCUGCAGCGCCUUACCGGAAGGCCUCGACCGCGCUCUGUUCCUCUCCACGGGCGGCGAAAGUAACGAGGCGGCUAUCAAGCUGGCCAAGGUGUACACGGGUAAAUUCGAAAUCGUCGGCAUCGGCGGCUCCUGGCACGGCAUGACGGCGCAGGCGCAGGGGGCCCAGUACCACUUCGGACGAAGGGGCCACGGCCCACCGAUGCCGGGCAUGCAUAUGCUGCCGGCACCAAACGCGUACCGGUCUGUCUUUCGCACCUCCGAAGGCUACCACGACUGGAAGACGGAGAUGGAUCACGGGUGGAGGCAGAUCGAUCUGCAGUCUUGCGGCUCGCUCGCCGCCUGCAUCGUCGAGUGCAUACAAAGCUCGGCCGGGAUGCAUGUCCUCCCGUCUGGCUACCUCGCCGCCCUCAAGGAACACUGCGAGGCCAGAGGUAUGCUUCUCAUCGUCGACGAGGCACAGACGGGCAUCGGACGAUGCGGAGAUUUCGUCGCCAUCAACAACGAAGCUUUCGUGCCCGACAUACUGACCCUCUCCAAGACUCUUGGCAACGGCUUGCCCCUGAGCGCGGUGGUGACAAGCGACAAGAUCGGUCUCGAAGCCGCUCGCCGCGGCUUCUUCUUCUACACGACGCACGUCAACGACCCGCUACCGGCGGCCGUCGGCGACAAGGUGCUCGAGAUCCUCUUCCGAGACCGACUCGUCGACCACGCUCGUGCCAUGGGUCGCCUGCUGCACGCGGGGCUGGACCGGCUCUUCUCGCGCUACGGCUGCAUCGGCGACGUCCGCGGUCGGGGGCUCAUGGCCGGCAUCGAGAUCGUGUCGGACCGCGAGAGCAAGGCACCGGCGCUGCCGCUGGCUCAUGCCAUCGCCGAUCGGGCGUAUCGUCUUGGCUUAUGGGCUAACCUUAGCAGUCAUCCGAGCUUCGGCGGCACCUUCAGGAUUGCGCCUCCCAUCACCAUCUCCGUCGACCAGGUUAAGGAGGGGUUGGCGAUUCUGGAAAAAGCGUUUGCCGAGACAGAAGGGACGCUGCCUCUGCAUAAUGAUGUUUGA